CGCAUAGUAGAUGAAACAAUCAAGUGUUUUGAGAGGACUUCAUACAAUUUGCCCAUCAAUCAUUAAACAUAUUUUCAUUGCUAAUGACCAUCUGCAUUGCUUAAAAUACACUUCAUCCCCAGAGUCACCCAUACUUAAACACUAAACCUUAUACACUUCUCCCGUUCAGAUGAACGACAAUACUACCAAAAAUGUUUACCAAAGCCAAAAAUCACAAACCUACGCAAAACACGUUCAACAAAACGAGAAUGUUCCUAUCUCCCUCACACCCUGGACGAAAGGAAUCAGACGCCGACCUGCCCACAAAUCCGAGCAAGACGAAGACACAAGAGCACCAUUCUCGAGUAAAGAGCUGGAGCUGGAAAAGCAAAAUCGUAAAAGCGGGCAAGACGACAACCGUACGCCAACGAACGAAAAACAAGAGUGGCAUUCGAGACCAUUGCCUUCACAAAUUGAUGAGUCGCCUCGUUCUCAGAGAUUAGAACGAGAAUUGCAAAUUGCUAAUGAUGCUUUGAUUCAGUUGAAGCAACAAGUCGAUCAAACUCGUAAAAAAAGAUUAUCUCAAACACCAGUCCAAACGUUCAACACUCCAAAAGUGAGAGGUAGCCCUAACGCGAAUCAACAUAAUGACAAAAAUGAAAUGAAUUGGAACACAGAGGCCAAGGAUGGACUCGGGCUAUAUCUUGGUCCUGACGUUUCCGUAUUGCACAAGAAAAUCGAAAAGGCGCGAGAUCAUGCUCGCCACCAUGAAGGACGUCCACUUGGUAUCAAGAAGCAUCAUAGAGAAGUUGAUUGUGAUCCACCAAAGCAUACACAUCUUCCCAGCGUCAAAGCGAAGAAUCAAUGGGCCGUGUUUGCUACAACAGCUUCCCCCGUCAUACCAUCAAGUACGCAUUCAACCCCACAAAUCAGCUCCACGCCUACCUUCCAAAGUUCAACUUGGACUGAAUCACCAAUUGUGACAAGUACAGAUGCAUUCACCUCUACAUCUGCAAAAGGUGCACCCAGUCCUUCCCCUACGCCUUUUACAUCAUCCCAACAGAGCAAUUCCCAACAACAAGACCAAAGUGAUGACAACCACGUGGUCUUGGCCUCUGCUUUGGCAGGUAGUUUGACAGGCGCAGUGUUGUUGGCAUUGCUCGCUCUAUGGGCGAUCUUAUCAUGUAGAAAGAGGAAGCGACGUGAGAAGGAGCUAUCGGACGUGCUGGAUAAAGUUGCACCUCCUCGUUCCCCUUCCAUGGGAUCUUCUCAGCGGCAAGUUGAUCUAGAAGAGAAGGAUGUUGGCAUGCAUGAUCAUAGUAACGGCGGAAACAACGUAUCUGAAGCAACAAGUCCACACGAGCCUGUAGAAGUUCGUAUCGUGCCUUCACUUGAUGUACCCCAGCUGUAUCCAAACGCUGCUGCCAAUUUGGAAGCUAUUCAAAGACACUCACAUGAGCUUGCAAGUUCGGGUAUCAUCGCCAAAGGUGUACGUAGUGAUGCAAGUUUCACAUGGAAGUUUCCUAAAUUGUCCGUACCACCUGCUGCAGCAAGGGCAAUUCAGUCUGGUCAUUACGUAAAGAAACGCUUGACAAUGCCGACCGAAAGGAGCCUGCAAUCUUUCAGCGAUCGAUCUUCGAUUGCACCUUCAAAGUCGGGCAGAACAUCCUUCGAUGUAAACAAAAGGGUGGGACCUGCAUCUGUCAGUGAUAGUACGAUCUCGACUAGCUUCUUAUUCGCUCAUCACGGUUCCACAAAUGCAUCUUCAGAAAAGGUAGACCCGCAAAUCGACCACAAAAGAAGAACAUUUGUAGAAGAGCAAACAAACAGCAAAAAUGACAUCCCUCACACUAUCAUUGAUGAGUUGGGUAGAAGGACCGCACAUACAGGCUCAUUGCCAUCAUCCAUUGGAGUACGUGAUUGGUUCAGAUCAGAGCGAAACACGCAAGACCUUUUGCGCAAGCAAGAAAUGAUUCAAAGUGCUCGUAAUUCUACCGUGAUUCUCGCUCACGAUCCAAUUAUGCAAAAUGUGAUGCAAAAGGUAUUAGCGAUGAGCGAAGAUACAAACUCGGUCGAAUCACAUCAGUCUUCCUCUGCCCUCUUUCCCGCAAUGCCGAUCGAAUUUGGUCGAAGGAUUACCAUGGAAGCGGAUCAAAUUUCAAUCCUUACUUCAGCUAUUUCAGAUGAUGCAAAAGAAGACUGGAAGUUUGCAAAUCGUGCAUUGAAUGGUGAUACAAGCGUAUCUUCUAUGCAUGAGAUCACACCUUUCCGCCCUGCAAGUUGGGCAGGAAGCCCUUUGGAAACAUGCCGUGAAGAUUCACAAGAAAGCGAACAAGUUUCACGAGACCUUCGUUCGGCUUCUGAGAGCAAGCAUGUCACGGGUAAGAGAAGCUCAUUGUUAAUUCAAGAUGCUCAUCAGGAUAAUGAAAAUGAUAAACGAACUCAAAAUCGAUCUUCAGAUGAGAUCAGUGCUCAUUAUAGUGCUCAUUCGAUCAUCGUUCAUUCUGUUGAUGAUGACAUUCAAUCUCAAGCGCAUAGCGAUUGGGAGAGCUCAAUUGAUCAUUCCAUUCCUAUCGUGCCUAAUCUUCGACCUCGUAGUAGUGCAAGUCUUGGUGCACCAAAGAUCUUGUUGACAUCCACAGAAGAGGAUGGAAAACAUGAAAGACAGAUCAGCGUGACGAGUAUUGAAACAACAAAGUCAAGUACGAGUAAAGCCAGUAGCACUUCAAGUAACCAAGACGGAUUCUUUGAUAUCAAUUCUUCUAUAAUCUUCUCGGAUAUGGCCAAUGCAAUCGGACAAGCAUACGAAGAGAAGAUUCAAAAUUCAAUUCAUUACGAUCAUCAAACAACGGAAGAACAAGACAGAAAACAAACUUUCAAUCAACGUGAUUCUGAAAGUACUCUAGACUCAUUGGUAGCAUAUUCUCGUGAGAGACAUGAAACGUUGAUCAUGCAAACAAGUCAAGAUAGCAUGGAAGGAGAACCGUUCAAUGAAAGAUUCUCCAGAGCUGCAAGCAGAAUGGGGUUCAAUGAUGAUUCUCAGCUGAUUGAAGUUCAACGCAAUAGUGUCACACCUAGCGAGACUGGAACACUUUGUCUUAUCGAUGAUGACUUUCCCACGAUUCCCUCAUGGAAACCAAUGCAAAAUACAACAAAACAAAAUGGCAUGCGUUCUCUCGAUUCUCAAGAGCGAUCACUAUCAAACAACUACUUCUAACUAUCAGUUUACCUUUUGUAUCAAUUUCCGACAUUUAUCACGUUCGUUAUUUUUCUUUC